AUGUCUUCAGGUAGUGAGGUCGUGGAUCAGAUCAACGCCACCCUGGCCGAGGCCGUCAACCAGGCGGCCACCAAUGGAACGGCCAAGUUCAAGUCAACACCGGAAGGCAUGUUCGUCGCCUAUGGCUCGCUGGUGGUGAUGGCGCUCAUCCCCAUCUUCUAUGGCUCCUUCCGAUCCAUCGGCUUUCAGAAGGAACAAAAGGUACGCUCUCAGGAGUCUGGCGAAAAGCUGGAGCCCAUGUCGCGAAAGGAAGCGGCUCUGUUCCCGCUCUACGCUAGCUGCGCCCUAGUUGGACUUUACGUCUUUUUCAAAUUUUUCUCCAAAGAGCACAUCAAUCUUCUCUUGUCCGCUUACUUCUUUGUUCUCGGAACCAUAUCUCUCUCGUCAGUCUUGAGCAAUCUGGUCGAGUAUUUUUUGGGUCGUUUUGCGCCUAAUCUGCUAAAACGAUCCAGCAAGUUUCACAUGCUUUUCACACAAGACGAAGGCGAGAUUAUCAAUCUCAACUUUGACACAAAAGACAUUGCGUCGUUCAUUGGCUGCGCCGGAAUUGGCGUCUGGUACAUCUUGAAGAAGCACUGGAUUGCCAACAACCUCUUUGGCUUUGCGUUUGCCAUCAAGGCAAUUGAGUACAUCAACCUGAACAACAUCGUCACCGGAUGCAUUCUCUUGUGCGGUCUCUUUGUGUACGACAUCUUCUGGGUGUUCGGCACUGACGUGAUGGUCACCGUGGCCAAGUCCUUUGACGCACCAAUCAAGCUCAUCUUUCCACAGGACUUCCUGGAGAACGGCGUCUACGGGUCGCAGUUUGCCAUGCUCGGCCUGGGCGACAUUGUCAUUCCUGGCAUCUUCAUUGCGCUGCUGCUUCGCUUCGACGUCAGCCUGAACCGCGGCAAGAACGUCUACUUCUACACUAGCUUUAUCGCCUACAUCGUCGGCCUGCUGAUCACCAUGCUGGUGAUGGUCUACUUCAAGCACGCACAGCCUGCCCUCCUCUACCUGGUCCCCUGCUGCAUCAUCUUCCCCUUUACCGUGUCGCUCUUCAAGGGAGACUUCAUGACGCUGUUCAAGUACGAGGAGCACUCCACCGAGGAGGAGGAGGAGCCGGCCCAGCAGCAGAAUGAAGCCGAGCAGAAGAAGAGCAAAUAA